AUGGGUGUUUUGGGUAAGAUAUUUUCACUGUCAAGUAAUUUGGCACAACUUGAACACCAACAGAAGCAACAACAACAACAGCAACCACCACCACUGACGAAAUUACUACUGAAGCAAUCGCCACCACAACCACCACCUCCAGUCAAAACGAAGCCUUCCCCUUCUAAUGGAACUACCGUACCAGAUGAGGACGAUGAGAUACUAUCUCAGGUUGAAAACGAUAUUGUGACACCAUUACGACAAAUCAAACAACCGCAACCACAGCAUCCGACUUCUGUCAAUACCCCUACUGUAAACAGUGUACGAUCAAACAACUCAUCACCAAGAUUAAUUAAAACAAGAUCUGUAUCACCUUCCAACGGGUUAUCAUCAUCCACCACUUCCCCAAUGCUGUUGGAAUUAUUAGAAGAUAAAUUGAAGAAUCAUCAAAUAGCAUCCCCUACAGGAUCUUCAACACAACCUGUGGCAAUUUCUUCAAAUGACAAACCAUCGACAGGUAGACCUUCUCCAACAGUAUCGCGUACAUCAUCUUUUAGAAAACCACCAUCUAGAGCCACGUCAGUCAAAACUAGAUCAAAUUCAGUGUCAUCAACAAAUUUAUCAGGAUCUUCUACAAACACCAACCCUGUCAACAACUUGCCUAGAUUCGUUAUGCUAGAAAGUGGCAACCACGAACAUCAUUUAAGAUCAGCAAAACGUCAAGAGAAACUUUCCAACAUGUUGAAAGAUUUGCUUGGAGCUAAAAAAUUACGUGGAGAAGCCAAAAGUGCUGUACCAGAUAUCUUUCAAGGUGCCAUGCAGUCUUCAACUAGUCAAUUACUGCAACAGCAACAACAACAGCCGCAGCCAGUUAAACCUCCUACAUUAUUUGCUGGUUUGGUCAAUAGUGUCAAGAAUAGCACUAGUCCAUAUCAUCAACCAGGAACCACUGAUGUGGUUUGCAGCACUCCCCUUUCUGCUGCUACCGGCACGUCAGCUAAUGGUAUCGAUUGCCGUUCAUUUGCAGAAAAGUAUGGUAGAUGCCAAGAGGUUGUCGGGCGUGGAUCCUUUGGUGUUGUUCGUAUAUCACACAAAAAGUUGGAUUCAACAUCAACUACAGAAAAAUUAUUUGCUGUCAAAGAAUUCAAAAGAAAACCAAAUGAAAGCGAAAAGAAGUAUAAUCGUAGAUUAACUUCGGAAUUUUGUAUUUCGUCCUCGUUAAAACAUAACAAUAUCAUUGAUACUUUGGAUUUAUUAAAAGAUGCUAAAGGUGAUUAUUGUGAAGUUAUGGAAUUUUGUUCUGGAGGUGAUUUGUAUACUUUGAUUAUAGCUGCAGGGAAGCUAGAAUAUGCUGAAGCUGAUUGUUUUUUCAAACAGUUGAUACGAGGAGUCAAUUAUAUGCAUGAUAUGGGUGUUGCCCAUCGAGAUUUGAAGCCAGAGAAUUUGUUGUUGACUCAAAAUGGGGUAUUGAAAAUCACCGAUUUUGGCAAUAGUGAAUGUUUUAAAAUGGCUUGGGAAAACGAAAUUCAAUACUCUGAUGGUAUAUGUGGUUCAUCACCUUACAUUGCUCCUGAAGAAUAUAACCAAGAAUCAUUUGAUCCAAGAUGUGUUGAUAUAUGGUCAUGUGGAGUAAUUUACAUGGCAAUGAGAACAGGAAGACAAUUGUGGAAAUUGGCCGACCCUAAGAAAGAUGAAUUUUUCGAAGAAUAUUUAGUGAAAAGAAAAGAAUCUAGUGGGUAUGAACCAAUUGAAAGUUUGAAACGAGCACGUUGUCGAAAUGUGAUUUAUUCAAUAUUAGAUCCUAAACCUGAAAGAAGAAUCACUGGGAAACAAAUUUUAAGUAGUGAAUGGGGUAGAGAAAUUAAAGUUUGUGAAGCUGGUGAAGGUCACUUGAAUGAAUUGGGUAAACAGUAG